GUUGGAGCAGGAGAGGUUGCUACCCGAAUUUAGACCGACACCCUUGAGCUUACCCUUCCUCUUUACGACUUUUCUGAAUGCUUUCCAGACUUAGUACAGCAGGGGAUGUCAGAGAAGGUUGCGCUCGUAGUGUCCUUCUUGUCGGCCUUCGCUACCGGUUUCAUAUUGGCCUAUAUCCGGCGUCUCGUACUUGCUUUGACGUCUUUGCUGCCUUGUAUUGGUAUCACCGGAGCGGUCAUGAACAAGGCCAUAUCCAAAUAUAUGCAGCUUUCCCUGAAGCACACUGCAGAUGCUGGCAAUAUCGCCGAGGAAGUCAUCUCUACCGUUCGAACUGCGCAAGCCUUUGGCACGCAGCGAAUUCUGUCGAGCUUGUACGAUCAGCACGUUGCCAAGUCGAAGGUGGUCGACGUCAAGUCUGCAGUAUGGCUCGGUGGAAGUCUUUCGGUCUUCUUUUUCUGCAUCUACUCGUCGUAUGCCUUGGCCUUUUCAUUCGGUACAACCCUUAUUUUGCGCGGAGAUGCCAAUGCUGUUACUGUCAUCAACGUCUUCAUGGCGAUCCUAAUUGGUUCUUUCUCGUUGGCAUUGCUAGCACCCGAAAUGCAAGCCAUCACUCAUGGACGAGGUGCAGCCGCGAAACUUUACGCAACAAUCGACCGUGUACCAGAUAUAGAUUCUGCCGACCUUAGCGGGGAAAAGCCCGAAACCGUUUACGGUGAAGUUACGCUCGAGGACAUUCAUUUUAAUUAUCCUUCGCGUCCCAACAUCGCCGUUGUCAAAGGGAUCAACCUCACCUUCCGAGCUGGUAAAAUCGCUGCUCUUGUCAGUGCCUCAGGAUCUGGCAAGUCGACAGUAAUUUUUCUGAUCGAACGAUUCUAUGAUCCCUUAUCUGGUGUCAAAUUGGAUGGAUGGGAAUUGAAGUCUCUCAAUGUCCGGUGGCUACGUUGGCAGAUCGGGCUCGUGUCGCAAGAGCCAACACCGUUUGCAACCACGAUUAGAGGCAACGUUGAGCAUGGACUUAUUGGAACUAAGUAUGAGAACGCCUCCGAGGAGAAGUUCGCGUUGGUCAAGGAAGCAUGUGUCAAGUCCAACGCUGAUGGCUUCAUAACUAAGCUACCUCUGGACUAUGAUAUUAUGGUUGGCGAACGAGGAUUACUGCUCCGUGGUGGUCAGAAGCAGCGUGUCGCCAUUGUGUCAGACCCACGCAUUCUUAUUCUCUAUGAGGCAACCAGUGCUCUGGAUACUUGGAGUGAGGGAAUCGUGCAGGACGCCCUCGACAAAGCCUCGGCUGGACGUACCACCUCGACGAGGGUGUCGACUGCCUGCUGAGUCUCUUAACUUAUAUGUAAUACGGGUAGCUAUAGGCUUUCCGGCAACUAGUUAAGUAGCCGUUGUCGAUCCUAUUAGAAGCUGCAGAGUUCUCAGAUGUGGACAGGCCCUCGGAUUAACAAACUCGCCUUUGUCCUCUCCUCUCCUAAUUCAGAAGUUAAACACGAGGCAACCCA